CAGACAAAUAGCUGGCGCAAGUUAGCGCCAUCGCUGACCUGCCUGCCUGUCCAGACAACGUGCUAUCGUGCGCCUCUCUCUCGUCCAUGAAGAACCGGUGCUUCCAUGGGAACCAAAUCACUGAAGAGGCGAUUUCGUGAGCCGCAAAACCCUCCCAUGGCUGGCUCGCCUCCUCCGCGCCGCAAGCCUCGCUUUCACGUCACAGCUUCUGUGCUCCUGUCCGCUUUGCUCGUCGUUUCCGUCAUCGCUCUCUUACUCCUUUCGUCGAACAAGUGGCGGGCGCUCCAACGUGCGGUUUCCUACGAAACUGUCACUGUCGUCAAUGCGUUCCCUCACGAUCCACAAGCCUUCACUCAGGGCCUUCUUUAUUAUGAAAAUGACACCUUUUUUGAGUCAACUGGGCUUUAUGGGAAGUCAUCAGUCCGAAAAGUAGCUCUUCAUACUGGGAAGGUUGAGAAUCUUAAGCAGAUGGAUGAUUCUUUAUUUGGGGAAGGUUUAACUCUCCUCAAUAAUAGGCUCUUCCAAGUAACGUGGUUGCAGCAAACUGGUUUCAUAUAUGACCUGAAAAAUUUAAGCCAACUAGGGACAUUUAAUCAUGAUAUGAAAGAUGGUUGGGGUCUGGCAACUGAUGGAAGAGUCCUGUUUGGAAGUGAUGGAAGUUCAGCAUUGUAUCAAAUUGAUCCUCAAACUUUUAAAGCUGUAUCAAAACAAGUGGUCUACUAUAAAGGUCAUCAAGUACACAAUCUCAAUGAAUUAGAAUAUAUUGAUGGUGAAGUUUGGGCAAAUGUUUUUACGACUGACUGCAUUGCAAGAAUCUCUCCCAAUGAUGGUGGUGUUCUUGGAUGGAUUCUCCUCCCAAAUUUAAGGAAAGAGCUUAUUGAAGCAGGCAAUCAUGGUAUUGAUGUUUUGAAUGGGAUAGCAUGGGAUGGUGAACAGAAACGGAUUUUUGUGACUGGAAAACUGUGGCCAAAGUUGUAUGAAAUCAAGGUUUCUCCUAUAAAGAAACCAAUUGAAGAAGGCUUCAUUGAGCAGCUUUGCUUGCGUAGGCCUUUCAAUUUCCAUGAUUUUAGUUGACCAGUAAUUACUUUUGUACUUUUAAUCCCAUAUCAAUUUAUCAGUUAAUAUACUAUUUUAGUCUAAUAUACUCGGAUAGCCACUUUUUUGUUACUUCUCCUAUUCCAUGUAAUACUCUCUAUUUGAAUUUUAAAUCGAAAAUUGAGAUCUGAUUUUUUGGUUUACCUUUCUUCACAUUUGGUAAACCAAUCAAACUUC